GCCCGGCCCAGCCCCGGCCCAGCCCCGUCCGCCCGCCCGCGGCGCGGCAGGACCAUGUCGGCCACGGACGAGCGGGCCAAGGAGAUCCUCCGCGGCUUCAAGUUAAAUUGGAUGAACCUUCGGGAUGCAGAAACAGGGAAAAUCCUCUGGCAAGGAACAGAAGAUCUGUCUGUACCUGGAGUGGAGCAUGAAGCUCGAGUUCCUAAAAAAAUCCUGAAAUGCAAAGCAGUAUCUCGGGAGUUAAACUUUUCCUCAGCAGAACAAAUGGAAAAAUUCCGCCUGGAACAGAAAGUUUAUUUCAAAGGGCAGUGUCUAGAAGAAUGGUUCUUUGAAUUUGGUUUUGUGAUUCCUAACUCCACAAACACUUGGCAGUCCUUGAUAGAAGCAGCACCUGAAUCACAGAUGAUGCCAGCUAACGUUUUAACUGGUAAUGUUAUUAUAGAAACCAAAUUCUAUGAUGACGAUCUUCUCGUAAGCACUUCCAGAGUGAGACUUUUCUACGUUUGAGAUGGGGCUUUUUGGAGCUGUUUUAGUUUUCCUCCAUACAGUUCUUGGUGCAGAACCCCCCGACUAUCCAGUGGAAGACACUCCUGUAGGCAGUGACCCUGGGGACCAGCUCAGCGUGGGUUGUGACCUUUGCCCAUCAGUUAUUUUGCUUUCUCCUCUGACAAGACCAGACCAAAUCCUCAGAGACGGGGCCAUCUGCUCAGCAAUGCCCUCAGGAAGAGAGGCUGUCUCUGAACACAGGCAAAUGAUGGUCAUGCAGAACCAAUACUGUAAAUUUAUGUUAGUCUCAUCCUUUCUACUUCUCUGGACCCUGGUAUAAUCUCCCAUUUCCACACACACCAAACUCUCCAUGCUUUUCUUUUGGGGUUAAGUUAACCUUUUCAUUUUCCUCAUGUAGAUUCUUAUCCUUUUGCUGGGUUUCUGUGUAACUGGUCCACACAUCCUCUUACCCCAAAACUUGUAAAAUAGACUGUGAUAUCACCUAAUGUAAUUAAAACAAAUUUCUCAAUUAAAACAUUCCUACCGUCCAAAGAAGGGAAGAAA